UGUAAUAAUAAUAAUUUUUGACCCUCAUUCUGUCGCUGCGUUUCAACUGAUCCGUUUGGAUUGAAAGCAAAUUAAUCAUCAUCUAACACAAUGGCCCGUACCAAGCAGACUGCUCGUAAGUCUACUGGAGGAAAAGCUCCUCGCAAGCAGCUGGCUACCAAAGCCGCUCGCAAGAGCGCCCCAGCCACCGGAGGUGUCAAGAAGCCUCACCGUUAUCGGCCAGGAACCGUUGCUCUGCGUGAAAUCCGUCGCUACCAAAAGUCGACUGAGCUGCUGAUCCGCAAGCUGCCAUUCCAGCGUCUGGUUCGUGAGAUCGCCCAGGACUUCAAGACCGAUCUGCGCUUCCAGAGCUCGGCUGUCAUGGCCCUGCAGGAAGCGAGCGAGGCCUAUCUGGUCGGUCUUUUCGAAGAUACCAACCUUUGCGCCAUCCACGCCAAGCGUGUCACCAUUAUGCCCAAGGACAUCCAGCUGGCUCGCCGUAUCCGUGGAGAACGCGCUUAAAUUCGGUCUGCAUUAUAGUUGCCAUUCUCAACAAAACGGCCCUUUUCAGGGCCAC